CCUGAUGGAGGCUGAGGAGCCGCCCCGCGGAGCCUCUCCUCCCGUCUCUGUUGCGGCGGAGUUCACUGUCCACCCUGCAGCUCUCGGGAGAAGCGACCCGAUGCCUGCCUUGGGGCCCGAAGCUGAGGAAGGCCUGGACCCAGACCCUGCAUGGGCCGAGGGCUGUGGGCUCCUGGAGACCCAGCGGGGGGCUCGCUGCCAGGCACCCGAGAGCAUGUCCUCUCCCCCCCGAGAAGCCUCUGCGCACGUGCACAGCCGGGAAGACCUCGUGGCUGAGGCCCGGGACUCCGCCGAGGGCCCGGCCAGUGGACGGACAAGGACGCCAGUUUCCCCAGGGCCCUGGGCCUGCCCUGGCCAGGGCAAACCACUGGACACCCCAGUAUCCAGUGAACUGGGCAGCAAAGUGGAACCUAGACCAGAACUAACCUCUCGGACUUUGGGAACCGGACAAGCCAGAGAGGAGGAGGAAACUUCUCCCGCCGCGUCUGCCCAGACCGGACUUGGGCCUUCCUGUGAAGAGCGCCCCACGGAGACCCGCCAGCCCCGGGGCUCUAGAAGUAGAUGUGUGGGGCCAGGGGUGGGGGCGCAGGAAAGUCGGGGGCCAGAGGAGCUUGUGGAUCCCUGGGAGCCCCGAGUGCUGCACGAGCAGGGACCCAAGGAAGCAGAGCCUCAGGGGGAAGGAGCUGCGGGCGUGGGAGGUGGCUCAGAUGGGCUCCUCGGGGGGCCAGAGCACAUGGGGGAGCAGCUCAGUGGUCCAGAGGGUGCACAGGGACAGAGCCAGAGGCAGGCAGGACCAAGUGAGGCACUGCUCGCAAAGCAAGGAGAAAGGGAGAAGCUUAUGGGGGAACUGGGAGGUCUGGGUCAGGGGGAGUCGGCCCAGGCCGGUAUAGAGAGGAGGACCCAGGGCCAGGGAGAAGCAGAACUGGGGGAACAGAGGAGGGGCACCUGGGGGGCACCAGAAGAGAGUACGGUGCCUGCGCAGCAAGGGGAGAUUGAAAGCUUAGUGAAGAAGCCAGAGAAAGUAACUGGGGAGCAAGAAGGGGGUCAGAGUGGGAAAGAGAGAGCAGUGGGCGGGCAGGAGGAGGUGAGGUGGCGUGAGGAGGAACCUGGGGAUGGGCUUGGGGGUGCCCUGCAGGCAGUGGGCGGAGGACUGGGCCCUGAAGAGGGGGACGAGCAGGAUGGCCCUUCUGCACUGGCCCCGGGGGCCCCUACAGUCUCUCCUCCCUCCGUGCCCGGGAGCCCCAGGACUCAGUCUAGGGCUGAGGAGGGGUCCCGGGGAGCUCUGCCGUCUGCACUGGAGCCUGUGAGAUGGUCCUGGCCCAUGUCCUCAGCUACUUCCUUCCCUGCUGGGGGGUCCCCUGGCCAAGAAACAGCGUGGGACAGCCAGCCAGGGGCGUCUGAGCGGGGGAGGGGGACAGAGGUGGCCCUGGCAGGUAUGUCUGUGACUUCCCCGCGGACACCAGACUCAGCUCCUUCCAGCCCUGCUGACGUCUCCCCCAGCACAUCUGCCAGUCCCCCGGUUGCUGUUCCAAGGACGAAGCCCGCUCUCGACGCUGUGUGUUCUCCAGAAACCUCCAGAGCCUCUCCGGAGCCCCCUGUCACCCUCCAUGACUUGCCCCCUGCAGAGACCCCCCUGGACCCACAAGCCAGCCCCCCCUGGGCCAGCUGCACGGGCCCCACCCAGCACCUGAGGAGCAACUCCUUCCCCGGUUCUCACAGGACAGAGCUGACCCCGGGCCUCGCGGGAACCUCCCUCUCUGCCUCCCACUCCCAGCUGCCCCAGGGGCUGCCCCCCAGGAGGAACUGCAGCUUCAUUCCAGAACCCCCUGGUCCGCUCUCCACUCUGGGGCAGGAUUCUCCAGACUUCUCAGGUGCAGACAGACCCAGGAGACUCCCCAGCAGCCACUGCAGGGGCUCCCCACACAGUGAAGCCUUUGAGCCCAGUUCUCCUGCCUGUGCCUCGUCCCCCCACCUCGGCUCCACAGACUCGAGGCUCUGCGAACCCGCGCCCCCUCCUCCCCUGGAGAAGAGGCAGGCGCAGCCCCCCGCCGUGGAGAGAGCCGGACCUUGCACAGCGGCUCCCGCGCUCAAGCGGCAGCAACUUCCUCCUCCCUUGGCCCCGGCCCUGGAGCUCGAUGGCCCUGGCUCCGGAGCCCAGUGCCCCCCUCAGCUCCCCGGCGCCCCUGCAGCAAGGCAGCUCCGACCUCUGCCCCCGACCCCCGACGCCCCCCAGCGCCCUCGGACCUCGUCCGCCCCCAGGCUGCUCUACAACAAGCCGCUGCCCCCCGCUCCUGACUGCUCCCGGCCUCACUGCUCCCCGUCUUCAGGCAGCCCAAGGACCUACAGGCCGCUGCCCCCCGUCCCCAUCGUGGACCCUUCCUCCGAGCCACCCCCGCUGCCCCCAAAGACCAGGGGGAGGAGCCUGGGAGGACUCGGCAGUUCAGGGGGUCACGCCGGGCCUUGGCCUGUGUGUCAGGACUGGACAGCCUCAGCCCCCACCCCAGCGGGGCGCACGUCCUGGCCCCCGGCCUCAGCCAGGUCCACGGACUCACUGGCGCCCGCUGGCAGGAGUCAGAGUGAAGCAUCCGCCGGCCUGGCCUUCAGCAACGUCACCAACUUUUUGGGUCCCUCCUCCCCAACCAGCCCCUGGACUGGGGGCCUUCAGGGACCUGCCCAUGACCUGGGGCCGCCGGAGGAGCUGACGGUCCCUGCCAGGGGGUCUCUGAGGAGAACAGCCCCCCAGGAAGGCACCAACGGCCUGAGGAAGACGGGACUAGACCAGGCGAGGCCUCCAGAGAAGCCCAGUCACCCCCAGCUGGAGAAGGCGUCCAGCUGGCCCCACAGGCGGGAGCCGGGGAGACCGCGGGACGGCAGCCGGGGACAGGCCGUGGCCCCUGGCGAGGGGUCCGGCAAGCUCAAGGGCUGGAGCCGGCAGGGCCUGCGCAGACCGUCCAUCUUGCCGGAGGGCACUUCAGGAGGUGCAGCCACGGAGAAGCCCCCCGCCUCUUCCGACGCCAUUGUCUUCCGGGAGAAGAAGCCCAAGGAGGUGAAGGCUGGCUUUUCAAGACGCUCGCGGCUCAUCAACUCCCAGCCGCUGUACCAGGAAUACAGCGACCUGUUUCUGAACAAGGCGAUUCAGAGCCAGAAGCGGCUGGACAGCAUAGCGGAGUCACCGGGGCCCGCCUCCCCCCGCCACCCCCGGAAGACCCUGGUCUCCUCCGAGUCCUACGUGCAGCGCCUGUCCAUGGCCUCCAGCGUCUCCCUGUGGCAGGAGAUCCCCAUGGUGCGCAACAGCGCCGUGCUGCUCUCCAUGACCCAUGGGGACCAGAAGCUGCAAGAGGCCAAGUUCGAGCUGAUCGUGUCGGAGGCCUCCUACCUGCGCAGCCUGCACAUCGCGGUGGACCACUUCCAGCAGUCGACCCUGCUCCGGGCCACCAUGACCACCCAGGACCACCAGUGGCUCUUCUCCCGGCUGCAGGACGUGCGUGACGUCAGCACCACGUUCCUUUCAGACCUGGAAGAGAACUUCGAGAACAACAUCUUCACCUUCCAAGUGUGUGAUGUCGUCCUGAACCACGCCCCCAACUUCCGCCGAGUCUACCAGCCUUACGUCACCAACCAGACCUAUCAGGAACGCACCUUCCAGAAGCUGCUGACCAGCAACAGCAGCUUCCGGGAGGUGCUGGAGAAGCUGGAGAGCGACCCCAUCUGCCAGCGCCUUUCGCUCAAGUCCUUCCUGAUCCUGCCCUUCCAGCGCAUCACCCGGCUCAAACUGCUGCUGCAGAACAUUCUGAAGAGAACACAGCCUGGGUCUUCAGAGGAAGCGGAGGCCACGAAGGCACACCACGCCCUGGAGGAGCUGAUCCGGGACUGCAAUGCCAGCGUCCACACGAUGCGCCGGAUGGAGGAGCUCAUCUACCUGAACCAAAAGAUCGAGUUUGAGUGUAAGAUAUUCCCGCUCAUUUCUCAGUCGCGCUGGCUGGUGAAGAGCGGGGAGCUGACAGCCCUCGAGUUCAGUGUCUUGCCAGGACAGCGGAGGAAGCUGAGCACGCGCCCCAUCUACCUGCAUCUCUUCAAUGACUACCUGCUGCUGUCUCGGCCCCGAGAGAAUAACCGCUUCCUGGUGUUCGACCACGCGCCCUUCUCCUCCGUGCGCGGGGAGAAGUGUGAGAUGAAGCUGCACGGAUCCCACAAGAACCUCUUCCGACUCUUCCUGCGACCCAACCCGCAGCGCUCCCAGGCCGAGUUCCUCUUCAGCACCGAGACGCAAAGUGAAAAGCUUCGCUGGAUCUCAGCCUUGGCCAGGCCAAGAGAAGAAUUGGACCUACUGGAGUGUUAUGAAUCCCCCCAGGUGCAGUGCCUUCGAGCCUACAAACCCCGAGAGCAUGAUGAGUUGGCACUAGAGAAGGCGGACGUGGUCAUGGUGACUCAGCAAAGCAACGAUGGUUGGCUGGAGGGCGUGAGACUCUCCGAUGGGGAGCGAGGCUGGUUCCCUGUGCAACAAGUGGAGUUCAUUUCCAACCAAGAGGUCUGUGCUCGGAACCUGAAGGAGGCCCAGAGAGUCAAGACUGCUAAACUACAGCUGGUGGAACAGAAGACCUAGCUAGCAAUCUCCUGAGCUGAAGAAUCAAACUCCAUAAGGAUUUAAUUUUGGUGUCCUGAAAAACCAAGAUGGCGCCUCAGAGAGGACUGGCCUCAGAACCCUCUAACAGAGGCCUUCUGUGACCCAAACCUAGAGUUUCUGAAAGCCCAAAGACAAAGUCCAGCUCCCAGUCGCUAGUCCAGGCCUUUUUGUACCUGUGCUUGGUGGGGGGACUUUGAAAGACUUUACACUGGACUCUGAGAAACUUUUCGCAUAAGAAAAGGGACCAAUGGGGCCUAAGCCAAGGAACUUUACUUCUACUAUCAUAUAGUACUUAAACAUUCUCUGCUUCUAGAGUGCAUAUUCAGAGCUGACCAGAAUUUCCUUGAUGGCCAUAAGGUAAACAGAAUCUGACUUCAAUCCACUGGAGUUGUUUAAGGGGGAUUAACACAUCAGAUGGGGUGGGGGUCGACUUUGGUGACCUCUAAGGUAUCUUCCAGCCCUAGAGCUUUUCCAUAAUUAUUGGUGUGAGGUCAGUGCAUGCAUCUCUGGGAUCUAUGUCUGUUGGUGGUGAUGUGAGGACAUCACGCUCUCACGCUAAUAAAUUUGGCACUUCAAGUGUUUUCUCCUGAGACUCCUUAGUACUCAGCAAGGUUCAGAACAUGGAAUUCCAUAAGGAUUUGAUUUUGGUGUCCUGAAAAACCAAGAUGGUGCCUCGGUGAUGGCAGCUGUUGACUCCUGCUUUAUGACUCAUGAGUUUUUGAGCAUCUUUUCUGCUUGUUAUGGUCUCAGAGGUUGCAAAGGGCAUUAGAAGAAAUUCAAAAGUGGUGACAAUUCCACUCCAACCUUCUUUCUUGCUGGACCCAUAAGUUAAAGUACAGGCUACUUUGGAAAUCCUACUCCGGCUAUUCAUGACUUUGUAUUCUGAUAUGAAUUAUUGUGAAGGUAUCUUCUCAACUGUUUCACCAUCUCUGUGAAAGGCAGCAUGAUGAAGUGGAAGAGUCCAGUUCAAGAGCCCUAAACUCCAGGCAUCAUAUUGCUAUGACUCAGCCUACUCAUGUCUCAGCAUUCUUAACGAUAAAAUGCAGGAUAGAACAAAGUAACCUCCAAAGCCUUCCCCAGCUCUACAAUGUAUGGUUCUCUGUCUCCUUCCAGAUUGCCUUUCUCAGUUGAAGAACAUCACUCUAUAUACUUUUUUCUCAUCUAGAGCUUUUUUUGCAGCAAUAGCUCAAUCAUCUUUUAAGUUGGGUGAUUCUAGUCCUCCUCUGGACACUUUACUGCUUGAGUUUAUCUUUAGAAGUGCUCAAAAGUAGAAUUACAUUGCAGCUUUGUACAAAGGUAAGCAUAACACUAUCAGCUUGGACCUAUGUCCAAUCAAUGUGAUAGUAUCACUUUUGGUAGCACAUUUUGUUUUCAGUCCAUCCUAAACAUGCUAGCAUGCUUAAAGUUCUUAAGAGUUUUCACUGUAGCAAUUAAGAUGGGACGAAUAUUUUAUAUGAAACAAGUUGACACUGCUAAAAAAAGUCUAAAAUAGGGAUAUUUGAGGGAAGUUUAAGGUUUU